AUGGGAAACAACUCGCUGCCAUAUGAAGUGGUUCAUUGCUCCUCAUGGGAUGAUGAUUACAAUCCUGAACAGCUGGUCAAAAGUAGUCCUGGAAAUCAACAAGUGGAAGCACAACAGAUAAAAUGCAAAGGAUGGCAGACACCCAAAUGCCCUGAGUACCCUCAAGACUUGAUCAUUCAUUUGCUGAGUGGAGCAAGCCGUAUAUCCAAAGUGCAGAUACUAUCACAUCACUUUAAAAUUGCGACUCGAAUUGAUGUGUAUAUUGGCAUCUUGAAAGACCCUCAAGAUGUACUGGAGGACAUUGCACCUGAUACACCGCCCAGCCAAGAUGAAGAUAACAUGCUGAUUGAGUUUACAAGAUUAGGUUAUGUUUGUUUUGAUAAUAACGCACGCGCUCAAUUUCGAGCUCGGGAACUCAAAUCUAUCAAGAUCAACGCAGACGGAGAAUAUGUGAGAUUGGUGAUCAGGAACUGUCAUCGCAAUCGCUUAAACACCUAUAACCAGGUUGGCAUUCUUGCUCUAAACAUAUUAGGGCAACCAUCACAUUUAAUCGAUAAAAAUGAUAUCAUGGCAUCUUGCAACAGCAACAGCAACAACAACAGUAGCAUGCCUCAGCAGAGCCCCUUUGAUGACAACAGCAUUCUGAGUUCAUCCACUCGACGUACCAGUGUAUCCAGUACCCAAAGCCAAGUCAAUCGAUUACCCACAUCCAGCGUGGCCGAAAUGGAAUUGCAGCAAUGGACGGUUGCAUUGCUCCAUGCCGAAGAAGAAGCUGUCAGAGGCGAAUCGUAUCAAGUCGCAAAGACAUACAAAUACCUUGGCGAUAAGCUGGAGCGAUUCGCCAAAAUAUUAUCAGAUCUAGAGAUCGGCAAACGACAUGCCGUGGAGACCAAAGACUACGAUGAAGCCGAAAAGAUCAAGGACGAUAUCAAGGAGAUUAAACAGGCAGCAGACACCAUGUUGAAGCAUGCGCACAUUUAUAUCGAGGACGGUCGUGUUGUGCCAUUGGAGGCGGAGGUGGCAGAUGCCAUGGGCGACCAAGACGACCAAAAGGUGAUGCUUGAGCCACCAUCGGCUUUAGCACAGCCUUUUGAAUUUGACCAGGUAUCGCAUCCCAAUGCUACCGAAGAUACAGUGAUUGCUGAAGAGGCAAACUCAAGCAACCAUUAUAUACCCCCUGCACAUACCACCAGCAACACGGCCAUGAUGGAUCCAGAAAGUAUACCCGAACCCAUCAUGGACGAAGAACGCAUUCCAUAUACCCUUCCCAUCGAGAUAUUCGGUGAAGAUACCGUUGCCUGUAUUCUCAGUAUCAAGGCUAUAUGCCGAAAGCGAGGCUUGACACAAAUCGAGCAACACAUGAUUCAACAAACAGCCAGCCAAGACGUGGUGCAUGCCACCUUAUUGAUGAUGCAAGAAGCUGUGAUGGAUUCAAGAGAAGCUAUUGUAUGUCAAGCCAUGGACGUCUGGCAUCAAACACAUCACAUGGGUGAAUUGGCAGACAUCAGCUACAUGGAACGCGCCUUUGGUGGACUCCUGAAGCGCACGUCGGACAACAAUGUCAAUAUUCGACAAACAGCCACUGAAUUGGUAUUGGUGUUGGUGCAAGAUUAUCCUUCCUUGUUGCAGCUGUAUGUCUGUAAACCAGAACGUAUCAUUCAUAACCAUAAAGAAGCCAAAGCACGUGUGCAGUUGGUGGAAACCACCGUCUCCAAAUUGCAGGUGUCUUUGCAAGAUGCCAUGUCCUUUGUCGUGGCGUACCUCAAGCAUGUACAUGAAGAUGUGAGACAGGCAGCAGUCAAGUUGUUGGUAGCUAUCGCAGAUCAGUUUGGAUUUCAUCGUGUAAGCGCGUACAUUGACGAAUCGCUCGGGGCGUCGUUGGCGGAUUCUGUAAAGAAGCUGGUGGACAAAGAGCCUUCCAAUUUCAAGAAGGGGUCUGUGACCAAGGAUACAUUGACUGAAUUGAGAGCGUUGACUGUAGCUCCUUCUCAGCAACCUGAAAAAAAGACAAUCACUCGUGUUAAAAAAUCAGCCAUUUCGUCUACCAGCAGUGCGAGCAAGAGAUCAACACCUUCAAACAUAAACAGUAGUAACAAGGCUGUCAAGAAGCAACAAGCCGCGACUACAAGACCCUCAGCCAAAUCAACCACGACAGCGACUACACCAAGAGAGAAGCAAAAGGAAAAGUCUGUAUCAUCACCUGCAGUGGCACAACAAAAACCCAAACAACAGCCACAUGAGCCUCAGCAACAACAGCUCCAAGAAGAACUAAAUGAAAAUAGUGUUUGCAUCUUUUGUGACGAAGUCAAUCCUGAAUUCAAUGAAGAUACAUUGAUCAAGCACUAUUACAACACAUGCCCUGUACUUACCAACUGCCCCAUGUGUCAAAUUAUUACGGAAAUACCCACAUUAAAUGAACACAUGCUUGAAGAUUGCGAAAGAAGACACUUGAUCAAGAAAUGCAGUCGUUGUUCUCAAGCGAUUCCAGUUGAGCAAUGGCUCCAACAUACACUCAAACAAACUUGCAGUGAUCAAGUACAAUGCCCAUUAUGUUUGAUAGCGAUUGAACCAGCAACGGAUGAAGGAUGGAAAUUGCAUUUAAUGACAGGCGAGGGUUGUCCCAAACUGAAGCAAACGAGAUCACCCAACAAGAAGAAGCCUGUUGCCACCUCUGCCACUGCUGCUGCUGCUGCUGCUACUACUACUAUUGCGAACACCGCCACUGCUGCGUCCAAGACGACGACGACGACGACCACUACCAAGAGAAGAACGAUCAAGAAAUAA